AUGGGAAAGAGCACUGAGAAACAUGUAAUGAUAUCAUCAGGAAUGAAGAUGAAUCAAGGGACGAAGGAGGCCGAUAUGAGAAAAUCUUUCCUAAGUCCUGUACCAAAAUCGCCGACAGAAAAUGGCAGACCAAGCAGCAUGAUUAUUAAGAAGGCUAAAAUGGUGAUUCCUGCUCACAUAGUUGCAGAAGCUAUAUCAACACUCCAUGGUCUUGAUCUUAGAUGGUCAGGACCCAUAACCCCAACAGAAAAGCAAUACAUGGAACAAUAUGUUUUAGCAAAAUACCCAGAGUACUCGAACGCCCUUGUAGAAGGAGGAGAAAAGAUGGAUCUAUACGAUCUUUGCAUCAAAGAAAAGUUCUCGGUGCCCCAACCGGAUGACAAGAGAAAAUCACCCCGUGGUGUUCCCAGAGAAUCAUUUUGGCCGUCCUCUGGAAUUAGCCUUCCAGAUCUCGAGAGAACACAGUUGGAGCCGUCUCGACUGCUUUACAUCCUCACAAAGAAAUCCUCCUUCCAUGGGAGCUUCAUCUCGAUCCCUGAAAUUCAAGCUCGAAACAAAGUUCUAAACCACUUUGGACUAUCAGACGAGGAGUAUCUUGUUCUUUUCACUCAAAACAACAAGGAUGCAAUGAUGUUAGUUGGAGAGAGCUACCCGUUCUUCAAGGGGAACUUCUAUUUGACUGUAAUCGGGGAAGAUGCUGAUUAUGUAAGGGAAUUUGCAGGCUACAAAGAAUCAAGAGUGAUUCCUGCACCAGAAUCUUGGUUGGAUUUGAGGAUUAAAGGAUCACAACUCAGCCAAUACUUUAGAAGGAAAUGCAAACACGCUCCAAAAGGACUAUUUUCUUACCCGGCAGAAAUGAAUGGGACUCAACACUCUAUGCAUUGGAUUUCAGAAGCCCAUCGUAACUCUUGGCAUGUUCUACUUGAUGCAACUGCCUUGGUGGUGGGGGAAGAUCGGCUAAAUCUCAUGCUCCACAGGCCAGAUUUUGUGUUGUGCAGUCUUGAUAAUUCACAUGCUAAUUCUUCAACAAUCACCUGCCUUCUCAUUAGAAGAAAAUCCUUUGACGUGUCAACGGCCUCAACUCAAGAACAUUAG